AUGGAUCCAAUUACGGUGUUCCAAGUCACUGGCACCGUCGUAACAUUCGUCGAAUUCUCCUACAAUCUAAUCUCCGAGACGCGCUCCAUCUACAGAUCUCCCGAUGACUAUGCAACGAGCCAAGACAUAGCUACCGACUUCCAGCGCACAUUGACAUGUCUGCAGGCCAACGGCACUUCCGAAGUUGAACAUGUCAAGACAAGUCUUGUCAUCAGCCUCAAGGCGAUUUGGUCCAAGGAUAAGCUUGGAGAAAGAGAGAGACUGCGGGGAACAAAAGAGGACCAGGAAUUGAAUGCCAAGAUUAAUCAGCUUUCAAAAGCUGUUGAUCGGAAUAAUGCACAGCUCGAUGUUUUCUUUGAAGAGUUAGAUGCCACGACUUCGAAAGAUGACGCGCUAGGUCCGGCUAGGCGCCGGAGGUUAUUCAGCAAUCUCUGGGAUGCAAAUUAG